GGAUUCGUUCUCAAGUUCAAACACAAAGAGCCAAAUAUAAACAGGAGUCUAUUAAACUUUCUCUUCUUCCCUCUCGCCAGCUGUUUGUUUGUUUUCCGAUUUCUUUUUUUCUUUUCUCCUUAAGAUCUCCCUCUCUUUCUCAAACUCCCCAUAACAAAUUCUUCCCAUACCAAAACCCUAAGAUCCGUACAUCCAAAUUCACCGCAUUGCCCUCCUCUAUUCCCUUGAUCCCUCGCAUUCGCGCUUCUCUGAUCCGGAGCCACUUCUAUGCUUCAGCUUGUUUGAUUUGCCUGUCGGUUGUGCGAUCGUAUAGCUGAGAGAGCUACAGUUUUAAUUAUAUAACGGUACAAUGACGGAGGAUGUCAAUAUUGCGAAUGUGAACGUUUCAACGACUGAAACGGAGGAGAAGUACGGAUUGGACAUGAGGGAGCACCGGGAUCCACCGACAGCUACUGCUGCUCUUUCAGAUAUCAAUGGAGUUAAGGAAGAGAAUGAGAAUGGGAAGGGAAAUAUGGAAGAUGAUCCAGAUGCCUCCUAUGUUUUUGUAGGUGGAAAUGACGUCGAUGCUGAUACUCCGGAUCGCCCUGCCAAGUCUGAGCUGGCCGGCAAUGUCGGUUCCAGUGAUAAGGAAGUUGAUAAUAAGGUUGCUGAACCGGAAGUUGUUGAUCAUAACAGUUCUAUGCUAGAAUCACAUCCUGAUGCGAAAGGAGAGGAUGGUCCAAAGGAAGUUCCAAAUGGAACGGUGGUCAUUGAGACUCAUGAGCUGGAUGGUCAAGAUUUGGCUGUAGACGUACAAGGUACUCAGAAAUCUCAAGUUCCUAUUUCAGAGCCUAUUGGGUGUGAACCUGAAUUGGUGCAGGAUACUGGCAGUGAUGCCAAGGCUGAGGAAGACAACCUGGAUUCAAUUGUAACUCCAGAAUUUCAAGUCAAAAGCAGUAUGGAUGUUGCUGAAUCAGAGCCAAAUCAAUCUGGUAACACUGAGGUCACAAGCAGUAAGAGUAUUGCUGAAUCAGAGUUGAACCAAUAUGAUAAUGACGAGGCCCUAGAAAGUGCCGGUGUUUCUAAAUCAGAGUCAAAUCAAUCUGGUAACGUUGAGGUCACAGGCAAUACAAAUUUUUCUGAGUCAGAGUUGAAUCAAUCUGGUAAUGAUGAGGUCAUAGACAGUGCCUGUCUUGCUAAAUCAGAGCCAGUUCAGUUUGGUAAUCUUGGGGUCACAGACAGUGGGAGUCUCUCUGAAUCAGAGUUGAACCAGUCUUGUAAUAAUGAGGUCCUAGGCAGUGCCAAUGUUUCUGAAUCAGAGUCAAAUCAAUCCGGUAAAGUUGAGGUCACAGGCAGUAUGAACAUUUCCGAGUCGGAGUCAAAUCAAUCUGAUAAUGGUGAGGUCAUAGGUAGUGCCGACGUUUCGGAAUCAGAGUCCAAUCAAUCCGGUAAAGUUGAGGUCACAGGCAGUAUGAACAUUUCUGAGUCGGAGUCAAAUCAAUCUGAUAAUGGUGAGGUCAUAGGUAGUGCCAAUGUUUCUGAAUCAGAGUCAAAUCAAUCUGGCAAUCUCGAGGUCACGGGCAGUAUGAAUAUUCCGGAGUCCGAGUGGAAUCAAUCUGGUGAUGAUGAGGUCAUAUGCAGUGCCAAUCUUGCUGAAUCAGAGUCAAAUCAGUCUGGUAAUGUUGGGGUAAUAGGCACUUCCAAUGUUGCUGAAUCAGAGUCAAAUCAGUCUGGUAAUAUUGAGGUUACAGGCAGUGCCAAUGAUACUGAAUCAGAGCAGACUCAGUCUGGUGUUGGGGACAAGGUUGAAGGUGACAGCAAAUUGAAUUUGGUUACAGAUAGAAAAGAAAAUCAGGAUUUUCCAGUUUCUAUAACCGAGGACGUUCAAAAUAAUAAUGUUUUGGACUUGGAUCAGGAGGUGGAACUAGUUGUAUUGACCAACAAUCUUCCUGUGAACAGUCCACAGACAGCAUCUGAGUUGGAGCAGAAUCUUGAAACAGCUACAAGCCUAGUAAUUACUGAAGUAGAAUUGGGAGGAGCAGAAGCUGCUGAUGCCUCUUCAGUUGGUGAAUAUACCAAUGGAUGGUCUGCUGGUCAUGCUGAAGGUCAUGUUGCAGAAAAGGAUGUUGCUAAUGACUUUGUCUACGCCAGUCAAAACACGAAUGAGCAAAACGGCUGUUCAGAGGAGGUUGAGAUCUCAGUUCCUUCUGAUGCUGAAAUUGGUGGGAAUGAAGCCUCAGCAUUUUCUGAUGCUGAAACUGGCAAGGGCUUUCUAGCUGCAGUUGACAAUGAUGCAAUUAGUGGUCCAACAGAUGACUUCAUUGCCUCUGUAGUACAAUUAGAUUCAGAGGCUGUUGCUGAUCAUAUUACAUAUGAAAAUGGAGGAAUUUUGCCUACUGAUCAUGCUGAAAAAAUUGAUUUGCAGACUGUUGUUGAUGACUUGACUCAUGCCAGUCAAACCUCACCCAAAGGAAAUAGACGUUCUGAAGUUGUCAAAUCUCUUUCUCAUGAUAAUGGAGCCAUUGAAAGUUAUGAAAGUGAUCCAGUUGCUCCUGCUAGUGAUACAGCAUUGAAAUCAUUUGUUGAGAUUGGGGAUUCUUGUCCUGUUGACAAUACAGAAAUACGUGAUGGUAUGGAAAUGGAGACUGUGGUUGAGAAGUUAGAUGUUGAUAGCAGUGGAAGUCUCAGUUCUCAUCCUGUUAGUGUCAGAGAAGUGGUGAUUGAGCCUGAAUGUGAUCUUCUUACAAAUGAUAAAAUGUCAAGUUCCCCAGGUAAUGAUGCAAAGCCAGAAACUGAUAGUGAUUCAAUUGCCAUUGUAUCUGAAGAAAAAGUAUCUUCUUUGCCAAGUGAUGAGGUGGAUUUAGAAGCCGAAGUUUCUGGUGCAGCUGCUAAAUGCGUUGGCAGGAAACCUGUAUCAGCUGAGCAUUCUGUUAGAGAGGCCGGUUUAGGUGAUUCAGUUGAGGAUCCAGUUGAUAUGAAAGCAGAGCCAGAAGUUGAAAAGACAGUCAUUGAUGACCACCAUGCAUCUGAAUCUGAGAAUCUGCCUGGCUCUAUUGUUACUAGUCAAAGUACCCUAAAUUGCAUGCAGGUUGAUAUUCAUGUUGAAGACAGAGGAAAUGAGUUUGUUAGCAUUGAUAGUGAUGAAAAAACACCUCAAGAAAUGGAGGUCACUGACGCUGUUAACAGGGAACAAGCCUCGACAUCCUCCCCAGAAGGCUCUGCAGCUGAUGCUUCUGAUGGGCAAAAUUCAGUGGUCGAGGUGGUGAAAAGGCCAUUUUACUACAUGAUCAGAAUUCCUAGAUAUGAUGAUGAUGAAAAUUUAAAAGAACAGAUUAAACAUGCUCAGGAUCAAGUUGAUGAGAAGACUAGAAGUCGGGAUGCUAUUCGAGCGGAAAUGCAAAGUCAAAGGGCCAAUUGUAACAAGUAUGGUGCUUCUGUUGCUGCUGCUAUAUCAGAAGAGACAUCAGCGCGUGACUUGCUUAAAGCCAAACGCAAAGAAAUAGACUCUGUUCUACUUGUGAUUAAUAAAGGGAAGAGUGCAUCUGAACUUAAGAUUAUCGAUGAGAAGAUACAUGGUAUGGAACACAAGAUACAACAUGAAACCAUGCCGCUGAGAGAAGAAAAGAAUUAUAUUCUUGAAAUCAAGAAAUUAAAACAAGCUCGUGAAAAGUUAUUCUUUAAUUUUGGUAGCCAGGGGGAUGUUCAGGAGGCUAUAGAUCAGCAAGUCCAAUUUGAAGAGCGCCUGAAGAUUUUAAGGAAAGAAGCGGACCUACUUAGAGAAAAUGCUCUCAAAGCUGAAGCAGCCACCAAAAAUGUUGAGAAGAAAUAUCAGGAAGAAAAAGCUAAACUAGGCGAAUUGAUAGGUCGGUUUAGAGCUGCUGAUGACAUACGGCAAGAAGCAUUUGCACAUCUACAGAGUUUGAGGAAAAGAUUAUACGACAAGCAUAAAAACUUCUACAAGUACAAGGAGGAUGCAAAGGCAGCUUCAGAUCUAGCAUCCAAGGGAGAUCAAGGAGAACUCCAAUAUCACUGUGUUAACCAGGUGGAGAGAGUCAUGGAAUUAUGGAACAACAAUGAUGAAUUCCGGAAAGAUUAUAUUAGAUGCAACCUGAGGAGUACAGUGAGGAGACUUCGGACAUUAGAUGGUCGUUCACUUGGGCCCGAUGAGGAGCCUCCUGUAAUUCCCAAUUUUGUUAGUGAAAGAUUUGCCAGGAGAAAUGUUGUACCGUCUAUUUCCACUCUCCAAGAAGAAAAAAUAAUUGCACCUACGGAGACAGAAAAUAAAGAUGAUAAAUCAAUAGCGAAGGUCAAAAACCCAACUGCUAAAUCUAAAAAAACUGCAAAACAUGCAUUAGGGAAUAGCAUGGCAACUGUUUCCAACAGGGUUGAGAUUGAAGAGGAAGGGGUAGAGGAGCAUAAGCUAACAAAGGAGGAGGAAGAGUUAGCCAGGAAAGCUGAAGAACUGAGAAAAGAAGAGGAAGCAGCUACGUUGAAAGAACGUCAGCUAUUAGAGGCAAAGACUAAAGCUAACGAGGCAUUGGAGAGGAAGAAGCGAAGUGCUAAUAAAGCUCAAGCCCGGGCUGAAGUAAGAGCUCGGAAGGAAGCUGAGCAGAAAGAGAAGGAAAAGGAGAAGAGGGCAAGAAAGAAGGAGAAAAGGAGGGCAUUAGAAGCAGCUAAUGGUAGCAAUGAGGGAGAAUCUGCUCCAAGUUCUGAAACUCCAACAGACACCAAGGAGUCUGAAACAAUUGAGAAGCCAGUGGCAUUGAGAAAGAGGUCUCAAAAGCCAUUGCAUUUUGCAAAGCAGACCAAGCCAAAAAUAAAGCCCCCGCCACUUCGGAACAGGGGUAAGAGAAGGAUGCAGACAUGGAUGUGGGUCCUUCUUACUAUUACUAUUAUUUUCGCUCUAUUUUUAAUCGGGAAUGGCAGCUUUUCUCUACGAAGGUUUGGUUUUUGAAUACAUACGUGAUGAGUAAGUAGAUAACCUAUAAAGGUUUGGCGGGAUCUUACUAUAGAUAGUUAGGCUAUUCUUUAUUACUGUCCAGUGUUUGCUGCGGUGUAGUUUGCAUUUAAUUAACUGUAAGUGGCUUUUACUUUCACACACUCCACUGAUAGGUUGGCUUUCUAGUAUAUGGCAUUUUAAACAUUAAGUCUCCUGUAUUGCUUCCAUUUAAUAUUAAACGUAAAAAUCCAAUAAGUACAAUGAUUUUGGAUUUCUAUCUCUCACA